AUGAUCAAAAUAAUCAAAGAAGCAAAAUAUUUUUCUGUUAUACUAGAUUGUACUCCAGAUAUAAGCCAUGAAGAACAAAUGACUCUUAUAAUAAGAUGUGUGGAUGUUUCAGAAAGUCCAGUAAAGGUAGAAGAGUUCUUUCUAGAAUUUCUUAAGGUCGACGACACGUCAAGACUGGGACUUUUCAACGAACUUGAAGAUGUAUUGAAGAUUCUGGAACUUGACAUUUCUAAUGUAAGAGGACAAGGGUAUGAGAAUGGAUCUAAUAUGAAAGGAAAAAAUAAAGGUGUGCAGAAAAGACUCCUCGAAGUAAAUCCUAGAGCAUUCUACACUCCAUGUGGUUGCCAUAGUCUUAACCUCGCACUUUGUGAUAUGGAAAACUCUUGUUCGAAAGUUAUAUCUUUUUUUGGAGUGAUACAACGUUUAUAUACUUUGUUUUCAUCUUCUACUAAGCGGUGGGAUAUUUUCAAAGAACAUGUUUCUGGUCUCACACUUAAGUCAUUGUCACAAACACGGUGGGAAAGUCAUGUUGAAAGUGUAAGAUCAGUAAGAUUUCAAGCUACAGAAAUAAGAGAUGCUUUAAUUCACUUGGUAAGUAUAGAUGGAGAUCCAAAAAUAAAGAGUGAAGCUGAGUCCUUAGUAACAAAUGAAAUGGAGAAUUUUAAGUUCUUAUUGGGUAUGAUUAUUUGGCACAAUUUAUUAUUUGCUGUUAAUUUUGUUAGCAAAUUUUUGCAAAAGGAAGACAUGCAAAUCGAUAUUGCUAUAGAUCAAUUGAAUGGACUUAUAUUAUUUUUUGAAAAGUACAGAGAAAAUGGAUUUAAGGAGGCCAUUACUGAAGCUAAAAAGGUUGCAUCUGAAAUGAAAAUUGAGGUUGUAUUUUGUGAAAAACGUAUCAUUCGAAGGAAGAGGCAAUUUGAUGAAAGUGCUACCGAAGAGACAAUAUUAUCUCCUGAAGAAUCAUUUAGAGUUAAAUACUUUCUAUAUAUAGUGGAUCAAGCUAUUUCUUCUCUUAAGAGUAGGUUUGAACAAUUUCAGCAUUAUGGUUGCAUCUGCAGAAAGAAGCUUUUCAAAGUUAAAAUUGAUCAAAUCUUACCUUCGAUCAACUAUGUCACAAGAAAGAUUGAAUGGCUUAGCUAUAUUGUCAAUUGA